CGUUCGCGCGUCACAACAAAACCUCCAGAAGCACAUGUAGUGUAUUUACAUUCCGCGAUAUUAAUUGCACAAGCGGUAAAUGAAUUCCUUAAAUACGAGGCGGUACACGGUAAUUGUAAUCCUGCAGUAUGUCAUUUUGCUCUUUGACGUUUGCGUGAAUUCGUUUGCGAGCUUCGCCAGGCGUCAUCCAACGGACCUGCUGGUACUCUAUGUAAUUCAAGAUUUCUGCCUCAUUGUGGCCCUCACGUUGCUGCUAGUAAACUUUUUCUCCACUUACAUCUUCCAGGCAGGUUUGAUACAGUUGCUGUACACGAGAUUCCGCAUGACAUUAGUAUUAUGCAUCAUAUACAUGAUAUUGUCAAUCAGUUUGCAUACGUGGCACAUUACUAUACACUGGUCAGCGCCAUUGGAACAUUACUGGACAAGAGGAUUUCACACUCUUUAUUCUGCACAUAGAACAGUUGCAGUGCUGUAUUAUUAUUUCUACAAAAGAGCCUCUCUGAGGAUCGGCGAUCCAAGAUUUUACAAGGGUUCCGCUUGGGUACAGAAGCAGUUGAGUAUUUCAUGACUACGUGUGUAAUUCAAAUUCGAGACGAGACACAAAGGAUAAUUGUAAUUCCGACAAAAUACAAGGAUACGCGCAUCUGUCUGUGAUUGAGAUUUGAGAAAUUUACACGGUAUCUUAAGCUAUUUACGCAAUAACAUACCUUUGUACAAGUUUUAUAUGAUCGUAUAUGUGGAUGAAACGACGAGAUUGCUACAUAUUCAUACAUCUGAAUUAUAUUAAUUUCUAAAUUCAUAUAUUAUACAUUGUACAAUUUAUAUACAUUGUGUAAAAAACUUUUAUUACAAAGUAUCUUUAUAUAUGUAUGUAUAUACAUAUUUAGCCUUUGAGAUCAAGAAAUAGUUGAUUUUAUACAUUAUCGAAAAAUAUUUGUGCCACUGCAUGCAUUAAUACAUUAAUGAAAAAUAAAUCAUUACUGUCAUGCUUUUACAUUAUCCUUUGUGUUAUUUUAACUAUCCUGGUGUUGUUUUACAUUCGUAAUUACUAAUUCUGUAAAGUUCGAGUGAUAAUUGAUGUCUUAUCUAUUUAAUUAUAUACUAAAAUUUGUGUUAAUAAAAUCGAAACAGUAAUUAAAAUUCGAUAAUAUAUAGAAGAUAAUAUAUUGUAUUGUAACUUUUAUCCGCUCAUUGUUAUGUGCCAAUAUUAUAUUUAUAUUAAUACAAAAACGUAAAAUUGAAAUCAAUAUUGCAUAUAGCAUUCCUUUUUUAUAUAUACAUUAUUACAAAUUUUUAUAUUAUUUUGUCUGUUUUUCGAUGUAAUGAGUAACGAUUCCAAUUAUACGUUUAAUGUUUGUUGAUAAUAAAUGUAUAUAGCAAGUGA